GAUGCCAUAGAAAAUCCCUCGAAAAGUGACUCCAUUUGGCAAAGGUCCUGGGUCCACGCACCCUGGCCUGCACCCUGGUUCGUGUAUUAGUACCGAUUCGGAAUCUCGGUUGGCUUUCCUGGACGAAUAUAAGGUACCAGUGCACCCGAGCAUGAACGUGUUGGAUUCUGGCUGUAGGGCUGGCAUCUACAACUACCUCCUGCGACUCGAGUUAGUGGCCCCCAAAGGCCCAAGCCAUGAUUGAACUCCCGCUGCGCCCGGCCGUGCUAGUGCCGAUUGUGGCGCUGGCCGCGGUUAUUAUCCGCCAGAUUUUCUUUGCAGGCCCCAAACUCCCCAAACUCCCUAUCGUCGGCGCAAAAGAAGGCGACUGGUUCCCGACGCUGCAGGCAAAAUGGAGGAACACAAUGAACUUCAAGGCGGCCAUGAUGGAGGCCGACACAAAAUACAGAGACCAGGCUGUCAUUUUACCCCUUUUUGGGUGGUCAAACGUGGUGCUCCUGCCGCGGUCUGAGAUCCAGUUCGUCAACGAGCAGCCGGACUCAGUGCUCGACAUGCACACGCAGGCCAUAGAAGCACUGCAGAUCGACUACACGUGCACCGAUCCCUAUCUCGUGCACAACCCGGUCCACCACAAGAUCAUCACAACCACCCUGACAAACCAGAUUGGCAACCUCGUCCCGGACGUGGCUGAGGAAACAGCCUGGGGAUUCGAGCGGCACUGGGGCAGUCCCUCCGACUACCAAGAAGUCUGCGUCUACGACACGCUGCGCAAGAUCGUAGGCUGUGUGACGAACCGCGUGUUCGUGGGCAAGCCGAAAUGCCGCGACCCGGACCUCCUCGAGGUGGGCAUGGCGUACGCCCAAGACGUCCCGCUGUACUCACAGCUCGUGAAAAUGAUCUGGAAGCCCCUGCGCCCGUUCGUCGCGCCCGUGAUCACACUCCCAAUCCGCUUCCGCACACGCCGCUUUGAAAGCAUCAUCAUCCCCGAAAUCCAACAACGUCUAGCCGCGUACGACGCGCGCCAAAACGACCCGGAGAAGAAAUCCUCCCCUGACCACGAGCGCAACGACUUCCUCCAAUGGACGCUCAAACAGGCCAAGGAGAGCGGCGAUCCGUACAUGUGGCAGCCCAAGACCCUCGCCGGGCGGAUCCUGCUGCUCAACUUUGCCGCCAUCCACACGUCGUCCUUUUCCAUCACCAACGCGGUCCUGGACCUGGCAUCGUCAAAGCAAGAGUACAUUGACGAGCUGCGGGCCGAGAUUGAGGGCGUGCUGGCCGAGCAGGGCGGGCAGUGGAACAAGCGGGCCAUUGCCAAGAUGGAGAAGCUCGACAGCGUCAUGCGCGAGUCGGCAAGAAAGAACUCGUUCGUCACCGUCGGCAUGAACCGUGCGGUGGUCGCCAAGGACGGGGUUGUUACCCCCUCCGGGGUCAGGAUUCCGCAUGGGGCGACUGUGGUUGUGCCGAGCUACGUGGUGCUCCAGGACAGCACGGUUUAUCCGGAUGCGCAGGAGUUCAAGCCGUUCCGGUUUGCCGAGCAGCGCAGUGAUGAGAGCGUGGAAUAUGUUAAGAGGGCGGCAAAAGCGUUUGCUACCACGAGCAAUGAGUAUCUCGCCUUUGGCCAUGGGCGCAACGCCUGUCCUGGACGGUUUUUUGCUGCUAAUGAGUUGAAGUUGAUCCUGGCUCACAUUGUGCUCAACUAUGACAUUAAGCUCCUGCCGAGCCGCCCGCGCAAUAUGUGGUUUGGGUUGAAUAGAAUCCCCCCGAUGCAAGCUACCAUCUCCAUUAAGAAGCGGGCGCGUUGAGAGCACAGACUUUGGAGGGAGUUUUGGAUUCAUAGAGCCGAGCACAUAGGAAUCGGGGCAUGGCAGAUCAUGUAUAUACGAAGCAUUCAGGUGAAUAGGGCUG